CACAGAGGAGACACUCAAGAGGUAAACUGACACACGAUGCUGUCAAUUCUACUGCAACUCCUCCUGGUCUUCAGUCCUGCUUUUGCCUGGAUUCCAGUGGUAGACUGGGAGUCUGGCAAUGUGACUGCAUCAGUGGGUGAGUCAGGUCAGUGUGUUUGUCAUGUGUAUCUGCCUGACACCACCUUCCCUGCUGACCGGGUUCAGCACAUGCAACAGGUCAGCAAGGAACUGAUCCUGGAAGUGGAAAUCCAAAUGAACAAGAUGGUGAGCUAUGAGGGUAAACUGGAGAUCUAUUUGAAAGAGCUGAUGGACCUGACUGUCAGAGUGGCCAUGCUGGAGAGCAAUCCUGACAAAUACAUCAAACUGGACUUUGAGCUGCUCAGGAUUGAGCUCAGAGAGUUUGAGGCUCUGGUGUCGCAGCUCAAAGACUCUCUCAACUCCUCCUCGCCCAUGUUCGACAGUCUGUACAGCGAGAUACACAACAUGACACUCAUUGUGAACCAACUGGAAACUUAUGACAAGAGCAACCUGGAGGUGAUCCGCUUAGAGUUUGCCAAGCUGCAGAAGAAGCUGGAGGAGUGCCAGAAGGACCAGGAGUUCUUCACUCCAGAUAUUGGCAACUGCAAUCACACAGGAAUCAUGAGCAUGAGCAAACCCACUGUGGUCCAACUAAAUGCUCAUUUGAAUGCAGGUUACCAGUAUGGGGGCUGGGGGAAAGACUCCAAGCCUGUUCGAGGCUAUGAGUCAAUGUACUUCUAUGGUGCGUACAGCACUCCCUCAGUGCAUGACUUCUACUUGUACAAUAACUAUGAAAAGCUGAUUCUCCGGUCUGCAUUCAAACAGCAUGACAUACCAAGAGGGUGGGAAGGUGCUGGUAACAAUUACAUUGUUCAUGGCAACACCAUAUAUUACCAGAUCAACACACCUUUCAGUAUGGCCAAGCUGAAUCUGACUAGUUCCAAAUAUGACUACAGAGUGAUCCCAGCUGCCAGUCAAAGGUUCACAUACAGUUACUCAAACAAUCAGAACUUGGACUUUGCAGCUGAUGAAAAUGGCUUGUGGGUAAUGUAUGCCUCAGAGAACAGCAAGGGUAAAAUUGUCCUUGCAAAGCUAGAUGAGAAGUCUUUUGGCAUUGCGGAUGAGUGGGAAACCGGUGCGUUCAAGCAACUGGCUGGCAAUGCUUUCAUGGCCUGUGGAGUCAUGUACGCCACCAGGUCAGUAGAUCUGAACACAGAGGAGAUCUACUAUGCAUUCAACACCAAGACCAGAGAGGAGAAACACCUCAAUAUUCGCUUCCAGAAGUUCCAGGAGACAUACACCAACCUCGACUACAACCCCACUGAUCAGAAGCUCUACAUGUACAACAAUGGCUACUAUGUGUCCUAUAGUGUGAAGUUUAACAGACAGUGA